AUGACCCAAGAUUCGGCUGAUUCUCGCAUCCUUCUGGAUCGUCUCUCUCACGUCCGGUAUGGCCACCCCGACAUCCAGAAAGCAAAGGAAUUCUACACCGACUUUGGUCUGGUACCUGUGCGGGAGACCGAGGAUAAGAUCUACCUACGAGGCUUCGGCAUUGAUCAAUUUUGCUAUGUUGCCGAGAAGACGAACGACGGAAUGAGAAAGUUCAAAGGAGGUGCCUGGAUUGUGCAGUCCAUGGCUGAGCUAGAGAAAGCGGCCAAACUCCCCGGGUCUACUCCGAUUACCGACUACGAUGCCCCGGGUGGUGGCAAAGUCGUCAUUGUCAAAGACCUCCUAGGAGAGCCCAUCACUCUGAUUUACGGUCAAGAAGACCGCGUUCCCGAACCUAGGGAGGUUCCAAAGCCGGUCAUGUGGAAUACCUGGGAAGACAAGAAGCGACUCGGGGAGUUCCAGCGACCAGAUCGAGAUCAACCGUCGAAAGUACACAAACUCGGUCAUUACGGGUUCGAGGUGAACAUCGAUCGGCUGCACGAGGUCUUCGACUGGUAUAACAAGGUCUUCAAUUUCAAGAAGACCGACUGCCUUUUCCACCCCCAGAGUAACAAGACAAUCAUGAUUUUCAUCCACCUCGACAAGGGCAAAGAAUUCGUCGAUCAUCACAAUAUCUUCAUUGCUGGCUCGCCCGAGGUCACCGAGGGAAUCAAGGCUCACCACAGCAGCUGGGAGGUAGAUGAUGUCGAUAGUCAAGUAGUUGGCCACCACUAUUUGAUCCGCAAAGGACACAUCAACGUCUUCGGCGUCGGACGACAUGUCCUCGGCAGCCAGAUCUUUGAUUAUUGGUUUGACCCCUCUGGAUUUGUUGUCGAGCAUUACGUCGACGGUGACCUAGUAAAUGAUGACUCUCCGAAUGCCAAUGAGCCAGCUGUCGCCGCUACGGUAUCCAGUUGGGGACCGGAUAUUCCACGCGCAUUUUUCACGAAGAAAUACGAGGAUCUUCCGGGACUGAAGGACUUCCCUACAAUGCCAAUCGAGGCGUAGGCCCCGGGACAGAAGUAAGGGUUUGGAGAAUGAAACAUAUGUGACAGAGUUCAGAUCAAAGUGAGAAGGAUGUGGAGAUCACAGGUGUAGGCAAAUUAUUCGAGGUGGACGAAGAAUAUUGGUUGGUAGAAUCACAUUGUU